CUCUGGGUGUGUCCUCCAGCAGGUACAGCUCUCUCUCUCUCUCUCUCUGUUGGACACACUCAGUGUUCGGGAUGGAUGUGCUCUCUGUGACGCCGCUGCUGCUCCUGCUCUCUUUCCUCGGAUGCUGUGCGGGGCAGAACGUGUUGCCCGACGGCCCGGUGGAGGCGAUCCUGGGCAAAAGUGUGACUCUAAAGACGCUGGUGGACAAACCAGUAUACUUCUUUAUUAUCUGGAACCACAACAACGGGAGUGAGCAGACUCAUGUGGCCACCGCCAGCCACACGGGGGUCAAAGUGAACGACCCGUACAUAGGCAGGGUGACGGUGAACCAGACCAACGGGUACCUGCACCUGGAGGGGCUGCUGGCCUCCGACAACGGGGACUACAGCAUCCAGAUCGUAACCGACGAUGGAACCACUACAACCGGGGAUAUCCACCUCCGAGUCCUGGAGCCGGUGUCAACUGUAGUCAUAACACCCAGCCUGACCGAGGCCACGGAGCACAACAGCACCGUGGUGCUGAUCUGCGCCGCUAAAGGCUCCUACCUGAAGUUCGCCUGGCUCAUGGGCACCAAGGCUAUCGUCGCUGACGGCAAACGGAUCACCCUGAAAGAGGAAAAACUGUCCAGUACUCUGACCAUCUCAGGGGUCCUGAGGACGGACCUGCCGACCCCCGUCACCUGCAACGCCACCAACAAUCUGGAGAGCCAGAACAGCGCCCCCUUCAGCCUCAUAGUGCACUAUGGACCAGAUGAAGUUUCCAUCACUCCUCCAAACCCUCCCAAAUUCCUCCGCUCCAAAUCCAACUUCAGCCUGUCCUGUGCGUCCCCCUCCAGCCCCCCCGCCACAUUUAGCUGGUACCAGAACCAGCAGUUGUUGGAUGUGACGGGUCCUGUCCUGACUCUGGAAGCCAUUGAGAAAUUGAAGUUAGACAGUGCAGUGGUGAAUUUCACAUGCAGGGCCAAAAACGCCAAGACCCAGCGCGCCGUCUCCUCCCCCGCCGUCUCCUUCGCUGUGAUGGAGGUCAUCUCAGGAGCGGAGGUGAGCGGUCCGACGUCCGUGCUCCUCGCCGGGAACAGCUCGGCCAACCUGAGCUGCAAGGCGGCGUCCGGCCAGGUGCAGAGCGUCCGCUGGGAGCAGGACGGAGUGGCCGUCAGCUCCGUGGCCCGCCGGUCCUUCUCCCCUGACAUGAGCUCCAUGCUCAUCAGCCCGCUGCAGAAGGAGGACAACGGAGAGUUCACCUGCAUGCUCACCAACCCCAUCAACACCGACAGCGCCUCCUACAGGAUGGUGGUCAACUACGGCCCUGAGGCGGCCCAGGUGAUCGGGGAUCCUGCUGUGGAGGUGGACACCAAGGUGGUGCUCACCUGCUCCGCCGCCUCCGUGCCCCCCGCCAACUUCACCUGGAAGUUCAACGGCACCAAGACCGACGUCAAAACGGCCCAGUAUCAGAUCGAGGCGGCUCGCUACAAAAACACUGGAAUGUACAUGUGUGAGGCGCACAACCCCGUCACUGGCAAGACCAGCACCCACACACACACCCUGUCCGUCAAAGAGGAAGGAGCGCUGGAUGAAGGUCUCUCAGACGGAGCCAUCGCUGGGAUCGUGAUCGCAGUCCUGAUCGCUCUCGGUGCCGCCAUCGCACUACUCUUUUUCUGCAGACAGAAAGUGCCGGUCGAGUCUCCGUACUAAAGAAGUUCCUGCACACUGCUGGAGAUCCUGGACAAACAUCAGACCAUUUUGUCUCCCAUGAUGCAUCUGUACAGCCGGGAGAAGCGUCCAGUUGGACCCAGCUGGUUCAGUCCAAGCCCUCGCUAAACCAUUUCCCAUAAUUCCCCUCUGUCUCUGUCCCUCUCUGGCUGGCAAGGACAAUGGAAACUUGAUUUUUCUCAAACAACGGAUUCUAUCAGUUUGGAUUACGAGCUGCAAUCUUCUGAUCUACUUUGGGGUUUUUUCAAAGCUUUUUCCACUUUCGCCCACUAUCACUGGAUCCUCACCUCUUUCUCUUCCUCUCUUCCACCUGGUGCUAACAAACGUCAUCCUUCACCCUGUGUCCUGCCACUUCCUUCAGGAAGCUAACAACACGGAGAAACAGAGACGUUUCCUGCACUGAAGCUGACAGGCGAUGAGUGACUCUCUUUAUGCUGCUUGAAACCAGAGGAGGACACACACACACACACACACACACACACACACACACACACACACACACACACACACACACACACACACACACACACACACACACACACACACACACACACACACAGGCCACACACGUUGACAAUCAGGAUUCAGGGGUUGAAUAAUAUCUGAAGUUUGUUGGUGCUUUGAUUUAUCUCCCUCUCUGUGCCAGGCGGGUCCCCACCCGGUGGGGGGGUCUUGAGUGCAGCGGAUGUUUCACAGUUUAGUCUUCCAUUAUAGGACAUGUUGAUCCUUAAUACCUCAGGUUUCACAACACAGACGCUCAAACUACUGAGCUUAAGGCUGAAAACAUCUUUAAACAUCUGGAGGUUUUGGGGUACAUUCACUUCCUUAAAGACUACCUGCCAGCCAAUCAGAAACAAGUACACCUUUAACUAUAAUUAUUUUGAACUGGGUCUUAAUGGUCUUAGAGUGAUUUCACUAACAUUGGGAUUCCUUAACUUAGUUGAAAAGUUCACCACGAAAAACUGUUAAUGUUCUUCUGAGAAACAUAGCAUUGUAUAACCUUCGCUAUGAAUAUCAGCUUCUAAAAUACAUUAUCAGUCAGGCUGUGAUGUCUAAAAACAAGUUACAAUAGAAAUAGAUACACACAUACACACACACACACACACACACUCCUUCAUCUUCACUGUGAUGUGGGUGUCUCCCUCUCCUGCUUUACCUUCAUCCCCCUUGUUUGUGGUCCAGGAUCCUCAUCUCACACUCCUUCCAGUAUGUGGAACACAUGAGUGGAAAGGUGGAGGUAAAUGUUUUAGGCGGCACAGACAAGCUUCAACAUGCAGGGGUGAGUCAGGUGGUGAAGGUGAAGCAGCAUGUUUUCAGUUUCUGAGGGAAGGUGAGAUCCAUGGCGGUUCCUUUUUAAACCACUUUACCAUAACAGGGUGGAAGUUAUUUUAAACUAUGUUUUGUAGAUUGAUUAUUCACCUUGGUUUUUAUCUGAAAAUGUAAAAGAAAUCAAACAAAUUAGUAUUUAAAUCAGCCUAAUAUCACUAAUCUGUCUUUACACUCCGUCCGCAUUCCCCUGCAGCGCACAAAAAAACUAAAAGAGCUCCACUUCCUGUUCUGUGAAGUUCAGUUUCUCGGUUAAUCAUAUGUGUGCUUUUUAUCAUCGGACUUGAGAUGGUUUCUCCUGGCUCUGCUGUCAUUGUAUGGUUUGUGUUGGUAGGUUGUGUGUGAUCUCAGACUUCCACCUGCACUGAUCUCCAGUGAGAGAAGUAUUUAUUUGUUUCCAAAAAUUCUCAAAGUUGCUCUUACUGAAUUUAAAAGACAAUGUAUCAUUUUCAACAUAUUUAUUUCUCCAGUUUGGGAUAACACACAGCACAGAAUGUAUUCCUAACAUCUGUUGUCCUAACGCAACCUGUGUGUUUGUUUGAAGAUGACACAAGCUGCCUUGAUAAAAACUGCCCUGACUGUAAAUAAUAGAAAUAUACACUGUAAACAAUGUGUGAUACUUUUGGAAAUAUACAUGGUGUUUUUAUUUCUUAUCAUGAUGAUAAAGCUUGUUUUUGUUCUCUUGGCUUGUUGUUGUUUACAGAAACCACCUUUGAAAUUCCUGUAAUAAUCUUUAAAUAAAUGUCCCCAAGGUUAAAUGUAUGUCCAAUGUAACAUCCUUGUAAAGCCAUAAAAGUUGUGGAAAUAUUUUCCUAAUUUUG